GUUUGUAUUGACACUGAUAGCUAACGAGAUCGCGCCCAGGUUGUGGCGUUGAUAGUUCCCGGGAUUGUAGCCGUGUGGGUCGUGUCCUGUUCGAAUUGGAUUGUCGACUGGUUGAACCUGGACUGAUACAGUCUAUGGGACUAACUUUUAAAAAAUCAAAAGAAGAAAAUGAGACCUAAGACAGCUGGAGAAAGGAUGGAAUCCCAGAUGAUUGACAAGGCAAAAAAGGAUCUUGAGAGGACGACCGAUCCAAUAGAAAAACUCAGAUGUCUCUGCCUGAGCAGAGGAAAUGCGGGGAUAGUUGGAAUAGGAAGAAUGUUUCGACGAAUCGAUGAUAAUAGAUCAGGGUCUCUAGAUAUAGAGGAGUUUAAGAAAGGAGUUCAUGACAGUGGUCUUAAACUACCAGAUGAUCAGCUCCAGGCAAUGUUUCAACAGUUUGACCAAGAUGGCAGUGGAAAGUAUAUGUAUAUUAUUUUGAGGCAAUGUUUCAACAGUUUGACCAAGAUGGCAGUGGAAAAUAUAUGUAUAUUAUUUUAAGGCAAUAUUCAAACAUUUUUUCCAAGAUGGCAAUGG